AUGAAGGCAGCAGAUGAGCCUGCCUACCUGACAGUGGGAACUGAUGUCAGUGCCAAGUACCGAGGUGCCUUUUGUGAGGCAAAGAUUAAGACUGUGAAAAGGCUGGUAAAAGUCAAGGUGCUCCUGAAACAGGAUAAUACUACCCAGUUGGUGCAAGAUGAUCAAGUAAAAGGUCCUUUAAGAGUUGGAGCUAUUGUUGAGACAAGGACAGCUGAUGGAUCCUUUCAAGAAGCUAUUAUCAGCAAGUUGACAGAUGCUAGCUGGUACACUGUCGUGUUCGAUGAUGGUGAUGAGAGAACACUGAGACGAACUUCACUUUGCCUGAAAGGGGAGAGACAUUUUGCAGAAAGUGAGACACUUGACCAGCUUCCUUUAACAAAUCCUGAACAUUUUGGAACUCCAGUAAUUGCAAAGAAGACAAACAGAGGAAGAAGAUCUUCUCUUCCUGUUACAGAAGAUGAAAAGGAAGAAGAAAGUAGUGAAGAGGAAGAUGAAGAUAAACGACGUCUCAAUGAUGAAUUGUUAGGAAAAGUUGUAAAUGUAAUGUCCACACCUGAAAAGACAGAAUGCUAUCCUGCUUUGGUAAUAUCUCCCAGCUGUAAUGAUGACAUCACAGUGAAAAAAGACCAGUGUUUAGUUCGGUCAUUUACUGAUUCCAAAUUUUACUCUAUAGCAAGAAAGGACAUCAAAGAAGUAGACAUUCUCACCCUCCCUGAAUCUGAGCUCUCUGCAAAACCAGGGCUUCAGAAAGCAAGCAUUUUCUUAAAAACAAGAGUUGUUCCUGACAAUUGGAAAAUGGAUAUAAGUGAAAUCCUUGAAUCAUCCAGUAGUGAUGAUGAAGAUGGCCCGGCUGAAGAAAAUGAUGAAGAGAAAGAAAAAGAAACCAAAAAGGAAGAAGAGGAGGUGCCUGAGGAAGAACUUGAUCCUGAAGAGAGGGACAACUUCCUCCAACAGCUUUAUAAGUUUAUGGAAGACAGAGGUACUCCAAUCAACAAACCACCUGUUUUGGGUUAUAAAGAUCUCAAUCUCUUCAAACUCUUCAGGCUGGUUUAUCAUCAGGGCGGAUGUGACAAUAUUGAUAGUGGUGCUGUAUGGAAGCAAAUUUAUAUGGACCUUGGCAUUCCUAUUUUGAAUUCAGCUGCUUCCUACAAUGUAAAAACUGCUUAUAGAAAGUAUCUCUAUGGUUUUGAGGAGUAUUGCCGUUCUGCAAAUAUUCAGUUCAGAACCAUUCACCACCAUGAACCAAAAGUAAAAGAAGAAAAAAAAGACUUUGAAGAAUCAAUGGAAGAGGUGCUAAAAGAAGAUCAAGAAAUGCCUUUAGUAGAAGUGAAGAGUGAACCUGAAGAAAAUAUUGAUUCAAACAGUGAAAGUGAAAGAGAUGAAAUAGAAUUAAAAUCUCCCAGGGGACGGAGGAAAAUUGUUCGAGAUGCAAAUUGUGUUACAAAAGAAAUCGAAGAGGAGAAAACAGAAGACAAAUUAAAAGAUAAUGAUGCAGAAAAUAAGGAUGUAGAUGAUGACGAAACCACAGAGAAAAAAGAAAAUGAGCUGCUACUGGGGAGGAAAAGCACACCAAAGCAAAAAGAGAAGAAAAUCACAAAGCAGGAGGACUCUGACAAAGACUCAGAUGAAGAGGAAGAGAAAAGCCAAGAGAGGGAAGAAACGGAAAGCAAAUGUGACUCAGAAGGUGAGGAAGACGAGGAAGACAUGGAACCCUGCCUAACAGGAACCAAAGUGAAAGUAAAAUACGGUCGAGGGAAAACACAGAAAAUUUAUGAAGCCAGCAUUAAAAGCACUGAAAUUGAUGAUGGAGAAGUUCUAUACUUGGUACAUUACUAUGGCUGGAAUGUCAGGUAUGAUGAAUGGGUGAAGGCUGACAGGAUAAUCUGGCCUUUGGACAAAGGUGGACCAAAGAAAAAACAGAAGAAAAAAGCUAAAAAUAAAGAAGAUCUUGAAAAGGAUGAAAAGAGGGAUGAGGAGAGGCAGAAGUCAAAACGUGGACGACCUCCUUUAAAAUCUACCCUUUCAUCAAACAUGCCAUAUGGUUUGUCUAAGACACCAAACAGUGAAGGAAAAUCAGAUUCUUGUUCGUCUGAUAGUGAAACAGAAGACCCUUUGGAAAAGAAUUUGAUGAAUGAAGAACUUUCUCCUGAUAUUAAAGAAGAAGUAGAAAAAAAUGAACAUUUAAGUGAUGAUAAACUAGAUGAAGAAAAUCCAAAGAUUGCACAUAUAUUAAAAGAAAAUGAUAGGACUCAAAUGCAACCGUUGGAAACCCUCAAGUUAGAAGUUGGGGAAAAUGAACAAAUAGUACAGAUUUUUGGAAGCAAAGUGGAACAAAUAAUAGACAUUAAAAAAGAGGCAGAAAAAUCGCCUAAAGGAAAAGGAAGAAGGAGCAAAACAAAAGAUAUUUCUUUAGAAAUUAUAAAGAUUUCCUCUUUGAGCCAGGAUGAAGCAGGAUGUGAGCCUCAAACAGAAGCUCAGAAUCUAGAAUAUUCUGCAUUGGACAAUAAAGACUUUUCUUCUGCUGAAGAUGAAAUUGACCAAUGUAUAAAAGGAAAAAAGUUGAAACGGAAAAUACUAGGACAAUCUUCACCAGAGAAAAAAAUAAGACUUGAGAAUGGGAUGGAAAUACCAAAUAGCUUAUCUCAAGAAAGGACGAGUGAUUGUGUAGGAACUGAGGGAAUGAAAAACUUAAACUUUGAACAGCACUUUGAAACAGAAAAUGAAGGAAUGCCAUCAUUAAUAGCAGAAUCAAAUCAAAACAUUCAAGAACUGACUAGUGAAAAAUCCAGUAGUCCAGCAGAAGAAAUUGUAAAUACUUCACUAAAAGAAGAAGAAGAUGCAAUGCCUUUAAUUGGACCUGAAACUUUGGUUUGCCAUGAAGUAGAUUUGGACGAUUUGGAUGAAAAAGAGAAGACCAAUGUCGAGGAUGUAGUGGUGGAAAGCUCUGAGUCCAAUUCUCUUGUUUCAAUUCCACCUGCCUUACCUCCCGUGGUUCAGCCUAACUUCUCAGUAGCUUCACCACUCACCCUCAGUCAAGACGAGUCUCGAAGUAUCAAAAGUGAGAGUGACAUAACAAUUGAAGUUGACAGCAUUGCUGAGGAAUCUCAGGAAGGUCUCUGUGAGAGGGAAUCAGCAAAUGGAUUUGAAGCCAGUGUCGCUUCCACCACCUGUAGUAUAAUUAUACAAGAAAGAGAGAACAGAGAAAAGGGUCAGAAAAGGCCAAGUGAUGGAAAUAGUGAGUUGUUGACAAAAAAACUAAAACGUACUCCAAAGCGAAUAAGUGCUGUAGCCAAAAAUGAAAAGAAUGGAGCAGGACAAAGCAGUGAUAGUGAAGAUCUUCCUGUUGUAGAAAAUUCAAAUAAAUGUACUCCAGUAAAGCAUCUUAGUGUAUCAAAACCACAGAAACUUACAAGAUCUCCUGCAAGAAUAUCCCCUCACAUUAAAGAUGGAGAAAAAGAUAAACACAGAGAAAAACAUCCAAAUUCAUCUCCUAGAACAUACAAGUGGAGCUUUCAACUCAAUGAAUUAGAUAAUAUGAAUAGCUCAGAGAGAAUAUCUUUUCUUCAAGAAAAACUACAGGAAAUCAGAAAAUACUACAUGUCUUUGAAGUCUGAAGUUGCGACAAUAGAUAGGAGAAGAAAAAGAUUAAAAAAGAAAGACAGAGAAGUGUCUCACACAGGAGCUUCCAUGUCAUCUGCUUCGUCAGACACUGGAAUGAGUCCCUCAUCAUCUUCUCCCCCACAAAAUGUACUUGCUGUAGAAUGCAGGUGAUACAUGUUUUCUCUGCCUUCCCAGCAGUUUGCUGCCAUGGACUUCAGUCCCUAAAUCCUGAAAUACAACCACAGAAAGCACUCAACUGGUUUGACAUUGCCAAGUAUAUCCUGUAUACUUUCCCAGGCUGGAUUGAAUCGACUCCUUCCUCUUUUCUUUCUUCCUGUUGCAAAAUAUAUAAGCUGAUUAAUAAUUGAAGAAGGUUAGGCAGCCUGCCAUAUUUGUCAUAAUUUCUCC